AUGUCUGAAGAAAAGGAAUAUUUUGCAGUAGAACAUCAUAGACAAGUUAAUGACAGAUAUAUGACAUACUAUUUGUGUAUGUCUGAUAUAGAAAGAUUUUCUAAAAAAUAUAAAAACUAUGUAGAUUAUUUUAAUAAGAAAAAAGCAGAUCCAGAGGUACAACGUAUUGAUGAAUGUAGAGCCGUCACCAAAGAAUAUUGGUCAUAUGUAUGUCAAUUAAAAGAAACCUAUCCAAAUUAUUUCCAAAAGAAGAAAUCAAUUUUAUUAGAAAACCAUACCGAUUUCGUAGAUUUAGUUAAACCAUUAGACAACGAUAAAAAUAAUAUAAAGUUAUAUGCCUUAUAA